AUGUUAGAACAGGGGCAGGGAAAAUGCUUCCCGAUCUUCUAUGAGUCGUUCAAUUCAUUUGCGUCCGUCUUCGCUUUGGACGAUUCGCAUUCUGUCUUGGAAGAUCGCUGUCUGGACGGAGCUCGCUUUCAGGUUGUUGAAUGUUUUGUGGAAAAGCUGGUUGAUGUGCUGAGCAUUCGUAUGAAAAGGACCUGCGUUGAGAUCUUUUUCCGAGAUUGUCAAGUGGAAGGGAUACUGCUCCAGUUAGAUACGAGCACGAAACGAUUAACCUUACUGCGCCAGGAGAUGAAACAGGAAAUGACACACUCGGAAAAAGAUCUCAACGCAGGUCCUUGUCAUACGAAUGCUCAGCACAUCAACCAGCUUUUCCACAAAGCAUUCAACAACCUGAAAUCCUCAGAACAAGACUAUUCGGAAAGCGUUUCAAAAAGCUGCAAAAGAACAAGUAGUGGGGAUAUCGCUUUCGGAAGGAACGGACUUCAAAAUCCACAUCCAGAUCUCGGACCGUGCCCAACAGAUGUGGAGAUGAUAUAUGAUGCGUGCUGGUCCCUAUGCUCAGAGAAGUUUACGGCAUAA